AUGUCCGUAGAUGAGUUAACGAAGAAACGAACCAUUAUAAAAGCGAAGGUUACGACAUUUCAGACGUUCUUGAGGAAAUUGGAUAUCGAUACAUCCAAAAAUCAGGAAUUACCAUUGAGGUUAGAACGUGCGGAGAGGUUAUUUUCUGAAUACGACGAAGUUCAGUCACAAAUUGAAGCGUUGACCGACGUAGAUACAGAUGAGCGUACAAGAUUCGAGGACGCUUUUUACACUGCGAUACUGUUAGGAAGGAAUACUGUGGCUAGGUUAAGCCCGAGUACAUCGAAAGAGGUAACCUCGUCGCCAACUAUCGAUAAUAUUACCCUUACAAAUUCAUUAUUAAAAUUACUUGAUAUAAACUUGCCAACGUUUAACGGUGAGUACGAUCAAUGGAUCACAUUUCGCAAUACAUUUGAAGCUAUUAUUGAUUCUAAUGCGAAUCUAUCGAAAGUACAAAAGUUUUAUUAUCUGCAAUCAGCAGUUAAGGGCAGCGCAGCUCAAUGCUUUCAAUCGUUAAGCUUAUCAAACGAAAAUUAUGACGCAGCGUGGACAUUAUUAAAGUCGCGAUUCGAAAAUAAAAGAUUAAUAGUACAUCAUCAUAUUCAAGCGUUACUUGAUUUGCCAGUACUCACAAAGGAAUCAUGCACCGGCAUGAGAAAGUUAAUUGACGACAUACAACAACACAUGGUUGCAUUAACAAAGCUUAAACAACCCGUUCAAUCGUGGGAUAUAUUAUUAAUUCAUUUGCUCACUCCUAAACUCGAUUUUAAAACAAAACGAGAAUGGGAAUUUAAAAGAGAAUUUUCGACUUUGCCUAGCAUGGCUGAAUUCAUAGAUUUUUUAAAUAAACGUUGUUCGAUUCUUGAGACAUUAUUGCCUAACCAAUUAAAAGAUGCUUCUUCGACUAAUACAAAGUCUCAGAAAAAAUCCGUAACUUUACAAUCUCCUGCAGAAAAGCUAUGUCCAUUAUGUAAAAACUCACAUUGGCUGUACGCAUGUCCGUCGUUUCGUAAGUUGUCGAGCCACGAAAGAUUACGAGAAGCGAAACGAUUGAAGGUUUGCUUGAAUUGUUUACGUUCUCAUCCUGAACGUGAAUGUACUUUCGGUAGUUGUCAACGGUGUAAACGUCGACAUAACACGAUGUUACAUCUUGACAGUGAUAAUUCACAGACUAAAUCAGUCAAUGUUGAGUCAAGUGAAACCUCAAGCCAAAAGGGCGAGAGCGAUUCUUCCGUACGAACUAGCACCACAGCUACGACAUCACAUUGUGCUAAUAAAGGUGUAGUGCAAUCUCUGUUAUCCACAGCAAUAGUUCUUGUACGCGAUCAUAACGGUCAUUACCAAGAAUGUCGGGCUUUACUCGAUUCCGCGUCUCAGAGUCAUUUCAUGACAGAGGAGUUAUGUCAAAGAUUGCAAUUAAAGACUUUUAAAAUAAACCAUUUAAUCAAUGGUAUCGGUGAAACAAACGUUUUUGUGAAUAACAGAACCACUACCGUUAUAAAAUCAAAAUAUAACGAGUAUCAAACAGAAUUAUCUUGUCUCGUCGUAAAGACAAUUACUGGUGUGGUACCAUCAGACAAAUUUGAUGUAGAUCAAUUCACGAUUCCUAAAACUAUUUUAUUAGCUGAUCCGAAAUACAAUAUUCCGGCUAAAGUUGAUUUGUUGAUCGGCGUUGCACUAUUUUAUAAUUUAUUGCAGGAAAGACGCAUUAAUUUAAGCAAUAAUCAACUGAUAUUGCAAGAAACGAAAUUAGGCUGGAUCAUUGGUGGUGCAUACGUACCUUGUAAAUCCUCGAUUCAGUGUAACACGUCACAAAGUUAUUUAUCGUUAAACACGCAAAUCCAAGAACAGCUCGAACGUUUUUGGCAACUGGAGGAAGUUGUAAUACCAAAACCUUAUACGCGAGAGGAGCAGUUAUGUGAAGACAAUUUCGCAUCCACACAUCAACGUGAUCAUGAUGGAAAGUUCAUCGUACAAUUACCAAUGAAGAGUUCGAUAUCAUUACUCGGAAAAUCACGAGAGAUUGCUGAGAAACGUUUACGAUCUGUAGAACGAAAAUUUUACAAGGACGCUGAAUUGAAAGAAGCGUAUAUCGAUUUCAUGCAGGAGUAUGAACGAUUGGGUCACAUGAGUGAAAUAGGAGAAACCGAAGACAAUGACGAACAUGCAAUUUACAUUCCACAUCACGCAGUUGUUAAAUCAACAAGUAGUACUACUAAAGUACGUGUAGUUUUCGACGCGUCAUGUAAGACGACGUCAGGCAAGUCUCUCAACGAUAUAUUACUAGUGGGACCGACCGUUCAGAACACUUUGUUCAAUAUUAUUUUGCGUUUUCGACAACAUACUUAUGUUAUUACGUCUGAUAUUCAUAAGAUGUAUCGGCAAGUCUUAUUACAACCUGACCAGAGGGAUUUACAACGAGUUCUAUGGAGAAAACCUUCCGGAACAACACAAGCAUUUCGACUGAAUACUGUCACGUACGGACUAGCAAGUGCGCCUUUUCUUGUUAUAAGAUGUCUAUAUCAGUUAGCCUUGGAAUGCCAAACUGAUUUGCCUGAAGUCAGCGAAACAAUCAAACAAGAUUUCUAUGUCGAUGACUUAAUAACGGGCGGAAAUAAUCUACAACAAUUAAAGACUUUAAAGAAGGAUAUUACUAAUGUUCUACGCAGCGGACAGUUUGAACUACAUAAGUGGAAUUCAAACGAAAAAUCGAUACUUUCUGUUGAGGAAGAAGAAGCUACAGAUUUAGUGAAUUUUGAUAAAGAGGUAAAUACUUUGGGCCUCAUAUGGAGGACGAAUUCGGAUACUUUCCAAAACAGGAUCAGUUCGAGGAUUCAACCGUCAAAAUUAACGAAACGAGUUUUACUAUCCAUUAAUUCGCAGAUUUUUUAUCCACUCGGUUUAAUCGGACCGAUUACAGUGCGGUCAAAACUUUUACUUCAGGAUCUUUGGCGUCUCAAGAUCGAUUGGGAUGAUCCGGUUCCUAUCGAAUUACAAUCAAAAUGGUCAUAUUUUCAAGAUUAA